AUCCAACCAGAUCGACCCAAAAAAACUUUGGCAGCGUGAAUUUCCGAUCAGGAAGCCGUACAGAGAAACUCCCUAACAGUGGAGCCGAGGACUGGACUGGAGCAAGAGAGCUCCGUCACAGCCACAGGAUGAUAAACUCACUGGCCUUUCUUCCUCCUCCUUCCAUCUCUUCUCUCCCUCUCCCUCUCGUCAAACCCGCAAAUCCCCACCUCCGAAAAUUCAAGUUCUCAGUCACCCGCUCCUCUUCCUGCCCCAAAUCCGUCGAAUCCGAUGGGAUUGCUGAGAGAACUGAGUGCAAGCCCGGCCCCCUCGAUGACUUGUUCCUCAAUUUGUUCCGCAGGAAAAUGGUCCGGGAGGUUGGAUGGGAUUCGGCGAAGCCCGGGUAUGAUGGUCUAAUCGAGGUUGCGAAUCGGCUUAUGAUGAAGGGCAGGAACAAUUCCGAUACAAGAGAUGCUGCGGUUCGGAUAUUGAGAUCACUUUUUCCUCCUUUUCUGCUAGAGCUUUACCAAUUGCUCAUAGCACCUCUUGAAGGGGGAAAAGUGGCUGCAAUGAUGGUUGCAAGGGUGACUGCACUCACUUGCCAAUGGCUCAUGGGUACUUGCAAGAUCAACUCUGUCGAUCUUCCCGAUGGAACUUCCUGCGAAAGCGGGGUAUUCGUAGAAAGAUGCAAGUAUUUGGAGGAAAGCAAGUGUGUAGGGAUAUGCAUCAAUACUUGUAAGCUUCCAACACAGACCUUCUUCAAGAAUUAUAUGGGGGUCCCUCUGCUCAUGGAGCCAAACUUCGAAGAUUAUAGCUGUCAGUUCAAGUUUGGUGUGCUUCCGCCUCUGCCUGAAGAUGAUGCAGCUCUCAGAGAGCCAUGCUUGGAGAUAUGCCCAAACGCAACCCAACGAAGAGAAGUUGCACAGGAGACAGAAAUUGCGCAGUGCCCUAAGGCAUAAUAUAUAGAUCAUGCAAACCAACAUUCAUCCAGCAAAAGUUUUAGGAGAAGUUAAAGAUUUUUAUUCUUCAAGCAGCAGAGAAUAAAAGUUUUCCCAUCAGUACAUCAACCUGUUGAUAUAGGUUCGCUUGCUAUAUCAUUCAACCAGAAAAUUUGACAACGAA